CUGUCAGCAGAUUGGGAUCAUGAUGGGCAACGUUUGCUGAACUCAGAUCAGAAGUUCAUAUGGAACAGCUUCCUUCUCGAACCUUUGCGCAAUAAUCUAAUUAGUGAACGAUGGUUUCUGGAAAUUGUGCAUGGAUAUGUAGGACAGCAACUUAUCAAUCUGCCCUUCACAAAGUUAUCAUUAACACUGAUUGGUCGGCGCUCCUCGCAAUAUGCAGGAACACGAUUUUUGAAGAGGGGAGCAAAUCUGCAAGGGAGUGUUGCUAAUGACGUUGAAACGGAGCAGGUUUUGUGGGAUGUUUCUUCCUCUCCAAACUUCAGACUUGGACGUUUUUCUUCAUUUGUGCAGCGGCGCGGUUCAGUUCCAUUAAGAUGGUCGCAAGAUCCGGCGACUAGAGGUGUUGUUGGCAAACCUCUUAUACUGGUCGACAUUCAUGAGCCACAUGCACAGACGGCUGCUGCACAUUUCCGCGAUUUAAGAAGCAAAUAUGGCAACCCUAUCAUAGUCAUGAACUUAGUAAAAAGAAGGGAAAAGCGCAGGCAUGAGAGCUUGCUACACGAUCAGUUUCUGAAGGCUGUUAACUAUUUGAACCAGUUCUUACCGCCAUCCGAGCAUAUCGCUUAUAUGAGUUUUGAUGUUGCUCGUUGCAAUAAAGCAUCCAACAUCACUACAAAUGUGCUCACUAAAAUGGAAGAGAUUGCUUUCAAGGCAGUACAGGCACAUGGAUGGUUCCAGGCUAGUUCUUAA